CAACAUAAUAAUACUCUGACCACGUUAAAUCCCCCUAAGGGUAUUACUGUCAUGGGCUCAGUCAAUUUCUUCCAGCUGAUUAAAUAUAAAUUUAAAUCCAAUUAAGCUCACGUCAAAUUAAGAAAAUUGCAUAAUACUGCAUAAUCCAAUCAAAUUGAGAUGACAUAAUAAGUUUCGUAUAAAUUAAUUGUGUUUAUAUAUGAUUAAACUUAACGUGGGCGGGCUAAUACCGCACUUGUGAGUCUUCCAUUAGAACUGACACAGAAUCGUGAGUUCUUCGUCCAAACGCCCGUGUGUUGCCUUCAAAGUGAUAUUGCAAAAAAUGUUUAACCUCUACCAGCAUUUGAAGGCGGAGGGGAAGUCUGAGGCAGAGACGACGGGACAUGACAGGUUCUACCAGGAGAGAUCCAGGUCUAGUUACAGGAAGAAGAAACGUAAAGGCGCUUGCAGGCGAGCGCAGUCGGCGGCAGAGCUGGAUCCGGAGUCGGUGGCUGCUGCUAACAAGAGGAAUGCUUUCCGUAUACGGUCUGUGUCCACGGAUAAGGAGGAGAGUGAAGAAGAGAACUCAGAGAAGACUCCACUAGUUGCACAGAAGAUAGAUUCCCUGGCGAAGCUGCUGUUCAACAAGUCGAUCAUGGGCUCCAGUUCUGGGAAAUCAUCACCAUCGGAGCCUUCAGCAUCGCCGCGGUACGCAGACCGGUCGAUGGAGAGCUCAGUCGCUUUGGUGAUUUGCAACGAGUACUUAUCAGUCACUCCAAGAUAUGAACUCAUAUCACCGCUCAGUUGUAUCGGCUCCAGACCGAACAAGCAGUGGUUCGCUAUCCACGAUAACUCCAUUAAAACUGAACGACUGCUUUCGCUGAUCCCCCUCCCGCCUAACUGCGUAGUGGAAGCGAGUGAGCACACUCGCGGUCUGAUGCUGGAGCUGUUUCGCGCGCUGCACCACCCCUACAUCUACCCUGUGCUGGACCUCGAGCUGCGCAGCGGCCACGCGCUAGCUGUCAUACCCUACAACCCCAGUGGCAGCCUCAAGGAUCUCAUAUACAAGAGCACCUGGAGCGAGGAGUACUCCCGUAAGUAUACCGCCACCGGCGCCGGUCUGCCGGUCUCCCAGGUGGCGCGCUUCGGCCGGCAGCUGCUGGAGGGGCUGCUGUUCCUAAGGGAGAAGGGAUUCCCCCCCUUCUGUCACCUCCACACAGGGAACGUUAUACUGCAGAAUGGGGUGGCGCGUAUCAGCGGUCUCGAGAACACUUUAGUCGCGGCCACACCUCGCCGCUCGCUGCCGUUGCGACACGCGGAGGUGCUGUCGCUCGGCCACGUGCUGUUCGAGAUGUGCACCGCCGCCGACACAGAUCUGACGCUGUUGGCGACGUUGGCGCCGAGUUAUUCACAGGUGGUAGAUAUUAUGGGCCAGAUCUUCGGGCCACGGCCGCCAAACCUGCACGAGCUGGUGAUGAGCGAGCUGUUCCGGAAGAUCGACCUGCGGGAGAUGAAGGGCUCCUGUCUGCCGAACUUCAGCCAGCGUCUGUCUCGCUCGUGUCUAUCGCUGCUGAGCGAGGUGACGCGAGCGUGCGAGCCGCGCCGCCCCGCCGCGCUCGCCGCACCCCCCGCACCCGCCGCGCCGCCCCUAGUGCGCAGAAGACACUUAUUAAAAGAUCAAGACUACACGGAGGAAUGGCAGCAAUGGUGAAUAUUUUUACUGUACAUUUUGUAAUAAUUAAACAAUAUACAA